AUGAUAAGAAUAUUGCGACGCAAAAACAGAGAGCCGAAUAAAAAUAAAUCAUUAUCAUCUGAUGAUGAUAAAGUAGAAGGACGAGGUGGUUGUUUUAUUAAGCUUCCAAGUGAGAUCAUUGUGGAAAUCAUGUGCAGGCUUCCGGCUGUAUCGGUAGUAAGGUGUAAGUCUGUUUGCAAAUCAUGGCGCUCUUUAAUAGCUCAUCAUCCGUGUUUCGUUUAUUUAAAUCAUCGACUUAUUUUCUCCAAGCCUUCGUUAGGAUGCAUAAGUAUUUGUCAUCUUGGGGAUGUAUUAAUCCAUGAUAAGCAAUUUGUUGGUGGUAAGGUGGCGGUGUUUGAUAAAACAUCGCCAAUUAGUACUGCUUAUAUCGCGGCUUCUUGCAAUGGUUUGGUAUGCUUUCUUGAUUAUAUCAAGCGAGAUAUUCUGUUUAUUUGGAACCCAAGUACCAGUAUAUGCAGCAGGCGGUCAUCUCCUGGUUUUGAUAUCAAGUAUUAUGGUUUUGGGUACGACAAGUCUAGUGAUGAUUACAAAUUUUUCGCAGCAUCAUCAUCCAAAGAGACUACAGUAACUACUACUAGAAAUUCAAAGAUAUAUUCAUUGAAAACUGGAAAAUGGAAGAAAACUGUUGAUUUUCCUUUUUGUGGUCUCGUGUAUAAUGCUGACGGUAAGUAUUCAAAUGGAGCUCUUCAUUGGGCAACAGAUUAUACAUCGGAGGAGCAUUCUUCUUCUGAUCAUCCAUGGUUGAUAAGUUCUCUCGAUUUAGCAACGAAGACAUAUGGUCAAGUUUCGCAUCCAGCGUAUGGUCAUGCUGCUGGCAGUGCUUAUUUUUGUUUGACUUUAGGGGCUUUGGGCGAUCAACGGUUGUGUGUGCUUUGUUACUAUAAAGAAGAAAGACGGUCGGAUAUAUGGGUGAUGAUAGUUAAAGAUUCUUGGGCUAAACUGGUCUCUAUCCCAGGGUAUAUCCCUGACGACCGCUGUGGGAGAUAUAUGUUUCUACCUACGAUUCCUUUGUUUAUUAUAAAGGAUGAGAAAAUGUUGUUUCGAUAUAAUAAGUCCCGAUUGAUUUUGUAUGAUUCCAAAACCGGUUCAUGCUCUUAUAUUCAGAGAGACUUUGAAGUACAUGGAAUAAUAUAUAUAUUUGUUGAGAAUAGCAUGAUUUCACCCCAUCAUCAUGGAGCCUUGAUAACAAGAGCGUCGAUCCAAAUCAAAGAAUCUAUCAGAGCUAUUUGCAAAUACUAUUUUGGUACCAAAUAA